AUGGAAAGAGCACUGGAACAUACGAAAGCAAUUUUUGUCCUGGAAGAUGACAUCAGUAAAGUCGAUUAUCAGCACCGAUUUGGUAGUGGUGACGAUCUCAUUUAUCAAUUAGCUGACGAAAUAUAUCGAUGUUAUCAACAAGAAGCGGAACAAUGUUCAAUUUCGGGUGACGUAAAAGCAGCAGAAAUUAAAAGAAACAUAUCUAAUAAAAUGCAUGAAGAAUUGGAUAAAGCAUACAAUUCAGUGCUUAAGAAUAGCAUCAUCAUUACAACAUCCACUGAUGCAUAA